AUGGGCACGGCCUCGUCUCUGGUGAGUCCCGGGGAGGUGAUCGAGGACGGGUACGGUGGGGAAGGAGGAGAAGCCUGUGAGAUCCCGGUGGAGGUGAAGCCCAAAGCGCGUCUCCUCCGCAGCUCGUUCCGCCGGGGCCCGCGGGCGAUCGGGGCCAGCUUUAAGUCCACCGGCUCCGUGGACCUGGAGUAUGCGGCCGAGUAUGAGAGACUGCGCAAAGAGUACGACAUCUUCCGCGUCAGCAAGAAUAAUGAGAUCGCGUCCAUGCAGAAGAAGGAGGCCAAGCUGGACGAGGAGAACAAAAGGCUGAGAGCUGAGCUACAGGCACUACAGAAGACCUAUCAGAAGAUCCUCAGAGAAAAGGAAAGUGCACUUGAAGCAAAGUACCAAGCUAUGGAAAGAGCGUCCACCUUUGAACACGACAGAGACAAAGUUAAAAGGCAGUUCAAGAUUUUCCGUGAGACGAAAGAAAAGGAGAUUCAGGACUUACUGAGGGCCAAGCGAGACCUGGAGGCAAAACUGCAACAGCUGCAGGCUCAGGGCAUUCAGGUGUAUGACCCGAAUGACUCUGACUCAGAUGACAACCAGACUACUGUCACAGCUGCAGGGACACAAUGCGAGUACUGGACAGGUGGUGUGCUUGGGAGUGAGCCCUCUAUGGGUAGCAUGAUGCACCUGCAGCAGACGUUCAGAGGACCAGAGUUUGCUCACAGUCUUAUUGAUGUAGAAGGGCCUUUUGCUAAUGUCAGCAGAGAUGAUUGGGAUGCUGCUGUGGCCAGUCUCCUUCAGGUUUCCCCUCAUGUUCCCCAGGCUUUGUGGAGCAACACUGUGCGUUGCUACUUUAUUUUUACACAAGAAACCAAAGAUGAGCUUGACAUAUUUAUCAAGAAACACUCUCCCAAACUGCGCAAGAUGUGCGAGAGUCUUGGUCAUUUCUACCUGAAUGUUUUCUUCUUGGAGAACACUGCAGGCUCCUACGUGGCUCAACGCAAGCAGGAGAUUGAAAGGAGCUCAGUGUGUGUGCUGCUUCUUAAAUCUAAUAUAACAAGUGCAGCAGCGGACGACUGUGAAGAAGCGUUUGUAAAGAAUCCCGAGGGACAUCCGCUGGUGCUGUACCUCAGAGCUGACAAAGACCAGAAGCUGACCACAACCUCCAGGCAACUGCUGGAAAGGAUCAAUGCAGCUGACAAGACAGGAAAAAUCAAGGUGGUGGAACACUGUGGUUCUGUGGAAGAUGGAGCUAAACUGAUUUACGAUCAGCUGGAAAGAGUCAUCAAACAAGAGCUGUUGGCUCUUGAGGGAGCGGACGAAGACUCUAAGGAUUAUGGGCAGGAGGAAGGACGAGAGGAGGAUUCUGGAGACGUGCUUUGGGACCUGCACGAUGAACAAGAGCAGAUUGAGUCCUACCAGCAGGCCUGUAGCUGCAGUACCUCUCAGCUAGGCUUUCAGAAGUACAUAGAUCGGUUAAAUGACAUGAUAGCUGCGCCUCCACCCACUCCUCCUCUACUUGUAUCCGGUGGCCCAGGUUCAGGGAAAUCUCUUCUUCUUUCGAAAUGGAUUGAAGUACAGCAAAAGCAAUCCCCCAACACGUUAUUCUUGUAUCAUUUUGUCGGUUGUCCGCUCUCCACAAGCUCAGAGCCUGUUCUGAUAAUAAAACGCCUCACUGUCAAACUACUUCAGCACUUUUGGUCCAUUUCUGGCCUAUCAAUGGAACCGAGUAAGAUUUUAGAAGAAUUUCCUCGGUGGCUGGAAAGGCUAUCUGCACGGCACCAAGGAAAUAUAAUCAUUAUCAUUGAUUCGAUUGAUCAAAUACAGCAUGCAGAACGUCAUAUGAAGUGGCUGAUCGACCCUCUGCCUGUGAAUGUCCGAGUGGUGGUGUCUGUCAACGUGGAGACCUGUCCGCAGGCCUGGAGGCUGUGGCCCACUCUUCAUUUAGACCCCUUGAGUCCCAAAGAGGUCAAAAGUGUUGUGAACGCAGAGUGCCAGAGUGUGGAACUGAAACUUUCCAAAGAACAAGAAAAAAAACUCGAAAGACAUUGUCGCUCUGGAUCCACUUGUAACGCAUUAUACGUGACUUUGCUGGCACGAGUCAUUACAAGUCUGUGUUGGCCUUUGGAAAAAAGUCUUGACCAGUGCCUGGAAUGUCAGGAUACCAUGUCACUUUACUGGGUUGCUCUAAAGUUGACGCUGAACUCACUUCGAUCUGACAGAGAGCGACACAUACUGAAAGAGAUUUUGUGCCUUGCAUGUGUCAGUCACAACGGAGUCAGUGAAUCAGAAGUGUUGGAUAUUUUCCCUGAGCUCGAGCUUCCUCUGCUUUCCUCAUUACUAUUCCAACUCAAAAACCUGUGCAUUCUAACACUUCGAUGUGGACUCAUCAGGUUCCAACAUCUGCAGGCGUGGGAAGCUGUAAGAUCAGAAUUUCUGUGUGGAGGCAACAAUACUGCUAUUUACAGAGAGAAGUUGAUUCAUUACUUUAACCAGCAACUAAGUCAGGACCAUGUCACAUGGCGUGUUGCUGACGAGCUGCCGUGGUUAUUUCAGCAACAAGAAGACAAGACGAAAUUACAAAUCAGCCUUUUGAAUCUCUUUGUUUCCCAAAAUCUCUAUAAACGGGGACAUUUUUCAGAGUUGUUGGUUUAUUGGCAGUACGUGGGCAAAGAUAAAAGUUCCAUGGCUAACGAGUAUUUUGACUCUUUGAAACAUUAUGAAAAGAGCUGUGAAAGUGAUGACAGCAUGACCAAGUUGGCUAACCUUUAUGAGACACUGGGACGUUUCCUUAAAGACCUCGGCCUCCCAAGCCAAGCUGUCGCUCCUCUCCAGCGGUCUCUGGAAAUCAGAGAGACUGCACUGGACCCCGACCAUCCCAGUGUGGCCCGCUCUCUGCAUCAGCUGGCUGGAGUGUACGUACAGUGGAAGAAGUAUGGGAAUGCUGAGCAGCUGUACAAGCAGGCCCUGGAGAUCAACGAGAACGCCUAUGGAGCAGAGCACGCCAGUGUCGCACGAGAGCUGGAGUCUCUGGCUAUGCUAUACCAGAAACAGAACAAGUAUGAACAAGCAGAAAGACUCCGUAAACGAUCAGUAAAGAUUCGACAGAAGACAGCUCGCCAAAAAGGGCACAUGUAUGGCUUCACGUUACUGAGGCGCAGAGCCUUACAGCUGGAAGAACUGACACUGGGGAAAGACUCCACUGAUUGUGCCAAGACGCUGAAUGAGCUUGGCGUCUUGUACUACCUCCAAAACAACCUGGAUGCUGCCAAGAUCUUCCUAACCCGCUCACUGGAGAUGCGUCAGCGUGUUUUGGGGCCAGAGCAUCCAGACUGCGCUCAAUCACUCAACAAUUUAGCCGCACUGCACACAGAGAGGAGAGAAUAUGAAACGGCUGAGGACAUGUACGAGAGAGCUCUGGACAUCCGUAAGAGGGCCCUGUCCCCUGACCACCCCUCACUGGCCUACACACUCAAGCACCUGGCCAUGCUCUAUAAACGAAGGGGGAAACUGGAGAAAGCUGUCCCAUUGUAUGAACUGUCUUUGGAUAUCAGAGAGAAAAGUUUUGGGCCCAAACAUCCAAGUGUGGCCACAGCACUGGUCAACCUCGCUGUCAUCUACUGCCAGCUAAAGAAACACAGUGAUGCUCUGCCCCUGUACGAGCGAGCCCUCAAAGUGUACGAAGACAGUUUGGGUCGCUCACAUCCUCGCGUUGGAGAAACACUUAAAAACCUUGCGGUGUUAAGCUAUGAAGAGGGAGACUACGAGAAGGCAGCAGAACUCUACAAACGUGCCAUGGAGAUAAAGGAGAGUGAGCCGUCGCUUGUGUGUGGCCAGGCUCCGUCUCGCCAUUCCUCCAGUGGAGACACGUUCAGCCUCAAAGGACCAGUGCCCCUCCCUCAGGUGUCGAGGUGA